AUGAAAUCACCCUUGGAUAACCUACCAGGUCCUCCACCUCAAUCAUCUUGGACAGGUAAUCUCGCUCGGUACAUGGCACGAGAUGGUUGGGAUUUCCAACUGGAUCUCUCGCAGAACUAUGGGCCUGUUGUUAAUAUGACGGGAUUUAUGGGUAACCCAAUGUUGUAUGUCUACGAUCCAAAAGCGCUGCAGAGCAUAAUUUUGCAGGACCAGGAUAUUUAUGAGGAAUCCCCGACGUUUAUACAUGCAAAUCAGAUGUGCUUCGGUCCAAGUCUAGUCGCAACAGUGGGUGAUGUCCAUCGAAAGCAGCGAAAGCUGCUGAAUCCCGCGUUCUCCAUCGCGCACAUGCGCCGAGUACUGCCGAUUUUUUAUAAGGUCGUCGACAGGCUACACACCGCGAUCAAUGCUCGCGUAAAUGAAGAAGCCACAGAAGUAGACAUGCUGGCAUGGAUGGGCCGUACGGCACUUGAACUCAUCGGGCAAGGCGGCCUCGGUUACUCGUUCGACCCUCUUGUAGAAGAUGCUACAGAUGAGUAUGCGGAUGCCUUGAAGGCGUUUCUUACAACCUCGUACUCGUUCGGUUUGAUCAGAUUUGCUGCACCAUACAUAUCGCAAUUUGGUACCCCUGCAUUUCGAAGGCACCUGUUGAAGUUCAUCCCCAGCAGGCGAGUGCAUAAAAUGGUCGAUAUUGUGGACACGAUGUACAGAAAAUCGACGGAGAUUUUCAACGCAAAGAAGGCCGCUCUGCAGCGUGGAGAUGAAACUGCCAUUCUUCAGCAGAUAGGAGAAGGAAGGGACAUCAUGAGCAUUCUAUUGAAAGCAAACAUGGAGGCGAAAUCAGAGGAAGACCGACUACCAGAGGAACACUUACUAGCCCAAAUGUCGACGUUCACAUUCGCCGCUACAGAUACAACAUCAUACACCCUUGCUCGAAUAUUUGAGCUCCUGGCAGAACAUCCUGAUGUACAAGAGAGGCUUCGUAAUGAGAUCGUGCGGGAAUAUAAUGGCGCCGAAUUGUCAUACGACCAGUUGAUGCAGCUGCCUUACCUAGAUGCCGUGUGCAGGGAGACACUUCGUGUGUACCCUCCAGCCACGCUCUUACACCGCCAAGUCCGAAAUGAUGUGAUCCUCCCUCUGUCUGCGCCGAUCCGUGGUCGUGACGGGAAGAUGAUCAGCGAAAUCCCCAUCCCGAAUGGCACAAAGCUCUUCAUUGGCAUCGCGGGCUCUAACUUGAACAAGGCCCUCUGGGGUGAGGAUGCUCUGGAGUGGAAGCCUGAACGCUGGCUGUCGCCGCUUCCCAGUGCCCUGACCGACGCACGCAUCCCCGGCGUGUAUUCCAAUCUGAUGUCCUUCCUCGGUGGCGGAAGAGCGUGCAUCGGCUUCAAGUUCUCCGAAUUGGAAAUGAAGGUUGUCUUGGCUGUUCUCCUUCCCAACUUUACAUUCGAAUCAACCGGAAAACCGAUUGUAUGGAAUAUAGCAGGUGUCCAGUAUCCAACUGUAGGCAACGAAAGCACCAGAGCGGAAAUGCCGUUGAAAGUAGGACUGUACAAGAAUUCUUGCUCGUAG